AAUAUCUGUGCAAAUUUCUUUCUAUACAAAUUGACUUGCUGUCCUCCUACUGCUGUGGAAAGAGCCACCUUUUGGAAGUGGUUAAUGGUGCCACAGGCUUCUCCCUAACUCAUAAGACAGUGCAGUCUUGUAACCCUUUUAAAGUGGUUGCCCUCCCCAGAACAUCUGGGGCAGAGGGCAUCUCCCAGCAUUCCUCACGGCGCUGACCCCGACUGAUCGCUAUUCUACAGCCCCUCCACCUCCUGUGCAAAGCAUAGGCUCCUCCCCUUUGGAGCCUUGCUCCACCCUUCUGACUUCCUCUGCCAGGACACUGCCCCCUGCAGGCAGAGCCAUGAAGCUGCAGGCCGUCAUGGAGAACCUGCAGCGCCAGCAACGUGCCCGGCUGCAACAGGAGAUGGAGGCGCGGCAGCAACAGGAUCAGCCACAGGCCAAUCCUCUACCCCUCCCUGCACCAAAUCAGACCACCAUGUUGUCUGCCUCUGGUGUCACAGCGUUGCCCCGUGGCCGCAGCCAGGACCCUCCUCUCUCUGAGGAGGGGGGAGAACCUGACAGCGCCCGGAUCCAGAGGGCACAGAUGGCAGCCCUGGCGGCUAUGCGGGCAGCUGCGGCUGGCCUCAGACAGUCAUCCAGCCCAGUUGGGUCAGAGGAGAGCCAUUCUUCAGAGGAAGAAGAAGAGCUUGUAGGAGAAGAGGAGGAGGAAGAAGAAGAGGAGGAGGAAGAUGGUGAAUACCCCCGAGAAAUGGGCUCAGAAGAAGAGGAGAUGAAGGGCAAGUGGGUUGAAGAUUUUGAAGAAGACCUGGGUGAGGAGGAGGAGGAGGAGGAGGAAGAAGAAUAUGAGGAAGAAGAAGAAAUGGUGGAGGGAGGGCUUGGCUCCAGUGCAAUGGCUACAUCAAGCCCUGGCACCCCAUUUCUGCACAAACAACAGACCCCCCAGCAAUACCGAGGAGAACCUUCCAGACUGGUAGGGGGGCAAGAACGGGGCCAUUCUGGGGUUCCCCAGCAAAGCCUGUCACAGCUGCAGCCCCAAGUCCUGGACCAUGGAGAUUGGACUUAUGAAGAGCAAUUCAAGCAGUUAUAUGAACUUGAUGGAGAUCCGAAAAGAAAGGAAUUCCUGGAUGACCUCUUCAGUUUUAUGCAGAAACGAGGGACCCCUGUGAACCGAAUCCCGAUCAUGGCCAAGCAGGUGCUGGAUCUUUAUAUGCUCUAUGUUCUGGUGACCGAGAAGGGAGGCUUGGUGGAAGUGAUCAACAAGAAGCUGUGGAGGGAGAUCACCAAGGGUCUGAACUUGCCCACCUCCAUCACCAGCGCUGCCUUCACACUGCGUACCCAAUAUAUGAAGUACUUAUAUCCAUACGAGUGCGAGAAAAGAGGGCUGAGUAAUCCCAAUGAACUCCAAGCAGCCAUUGACAGCAACCGGCGAGAAGGCCGUCGGCAAGGAUUCAGUGGUUCAAUCUUUACUUAUUCUCCCAGUGGCACUCAUACCAUGUUGUCUUCACCCAAGCUUCAAGUACCAACCUUGGGACUGACCUCAACCACUAAUGGCAGCCCCAUUGCCCCUGUUCCAAAAAUCAAGAAAGAGGAAGAUUCUGCGAUUCCUAUUGCGGUGCCCACCCGCCUACCUGUCUCACUAGCAAGCCAUCCUGUCGUCGCAGCGCAGGCUGCAGCUGUGCAAGCCGCCGCCGCCCAAGCUGCUGUAGCUGCUCAGGCUGCCGCGUUGGAACAGCUACGGGAGAAGCUGGAAUCGGGGGAGCCCCCAGAAAAGAAGAUGGCACUUGUGACAGAUGAACAGCAGCGUCUGAUGCAACGGGCAAUCCAACAAAACUUGCUCGCCAUGACCGCUCAGCUGCCGAUGAGCAUCCGGAUCAAUAGUCAAGGGGCCCAAAACCGCCAAGACUCUUCCAUGAAUCUGGCUGCCAACGGCACCAGUAGCAUUAGCAUGUCAGUCGAGAUUAAUGGCAUCGUGUAUGCAGGUAAGGGGAAAAUGCAGUUGGGACUUAGAGAAAAUGGCUGGCCGUGCCCAUUUGAGGCGAGAGUUGAUCGUUCUGUAAACCGUGUCACGUACUGUUAACUUAGAAAAAGGUGGCAAAUUUGCAGGUGGAUGGUGAGCAACAAGAAAGGAGGAGGGCUACAGCUUGGGGGUAUUUAUUUAUUUAUUUAUUCUGCAGAGUGUAUGGCAGUGACACAGUGAUAUAUCACUAGAGAGGGGAGAGGGCAUGUAUUUUUAAUGCACGCUUUUAAAGGCAAAAGAAGGGUGUUAACAGAA